GCCAUGAGCUCACCAGAAACACGCGAUCUCUGUUAUAACAACGGCUUCUUACUUAAUGGAGAAGAACUAGGAGAAAUUGAAAAAUCCAUUGUACAAGACUUAAACUUUGAGGAAAAUAAUUUUACCUUCACUAAAAUCAAAUACACCGAAGAGAAAAUUGAUCAUGAACAAAAGAAAUGCAUUUGGAGAUUGAACACUCUUGAAAGGAUACAAUGUGAAGAAAUGUUUAGAUCGGAAGUUCGUGUAGAAAACAUGGAUACCGGAAGAGGCGUAUCAUUGGGAGGAUUUAUCUGUUCGACGAAAAGGAAGGAUGGGUCUUAUCUUCAUAGAUUUGAGGACAUUGAUCAAAGAGGAGUUCUGUUCAAGAGUUUUUCGAUUAGAGAUGGUGACGUCAUUGUAUCCUUGAACUUUAAAGAUGUUUCUGUUUUACCACCGGUCAGCCAUGCUGAAGUCACCGAAUAUUUUCAAAAGGUCUCGCUGGACAAAUCCAGUACAAUGAUGAUAUGUAGAUGUAGGCCUCGAAGUGAAAAAUAUACGUACUUCAAGCUUAAAUUUUGCAUGAAGAACAUUUUAAAAGAUUGGUCCGAAGAAACGGAUGUUUGCGUGAAAAUAAUUGUAAAGGAACCCACAGACAGCCCAUAUCAGUUAGUGACAGCACUGAGAAUUGCAAACGCUUGCCAAUAUCUGAUUAACAAUGGCGGACGCCUUGGACUCGCGAUAUUGGAUAAUUUUAAGAAACGCCAAUCUGGCCACUUUGUUCGUCACCGGAGCAUCAAAUUCCAAAACCUUAGUUUCUUCAAUGUGUACUCCUAUCAGUCUGUGACAGACAGCUCGAAGUUCCUCGGAUUGGCAUCCGAUGGAAAAACAAUCGACUUAGUGGAGGGGAAGUACGACGACGAACGUGUUUCAUUCAGAAACUAUAAAUGUCAAGCCUCAGGGUCAAUUUUGCGACCUUAUACACAACCUGAUAAGGCAGUUUUUUUCAUAGAAGGGAGUUUACAGCUGGCGGAUUUCAGGAGCUAUUUCUCGGGAACUAUUUCACAUCUCGCAGGGCUUCGUGAACUUGACAUAUAACAAGGCGGGGUUUU